AUGUCUUCAAACACAUUACCUAACGAACUUUUAAUUGACAUCUUUACCAAGUUAUUUCAUGAAUCCAGUAUAAAACAAUUUUUACACUUAAGAACAACGUGUAAGCAAUGGAAUCAGAUUAUUCCAAGUGUUUUUAUUGAUGAAAUUAAAGUUCUUUAUGAGAAUAAAUUGAAAUGUCGGAUAUUGUCGCAAUAUACUGGAAUUCCUUUCUUAGUACAAUCAUCAUAUAGUAUAAAUUUCUCAUCAUACAAUCCUCUAACACAAAAAUUCAUUCUAAAAUUCACCAACAAUAAUUGUAAUAAGACUUCGCCAUAUAUAUCAAAGCAUAAUUUAUGGAAUUCAAAUAUUUUUCUAUUGAACAUGUAUACAGGUAAAUUGUUAUAUGUAGAUACAUUAAUUGAUGAUCAAUAUACUGGAAAAAACAAUUGUAUUUGUGUAAAUAUUAAGAAUGCAUAUGGUAUGGAAAAUAAUUCGGAAGAAGAGCGCAUUUAUAUUGAAGAAAUUUCUUUAAAGAAAUUGUAA